GGGGAACCUUUGUCUCCUUCAUCACGUGCUGCUUCCUCGCGAACAGCACUUGCCCCAGCAGUCUGUCAAAGCUACCCGGGGGACCUUCUCAUGAUGUAUGUCACUGGGAGUGGCAUGUGCGUAACGGGUGAACGCGCGCUGCGCUACAAACCCCGCGUCCCGAGUUCCAUUCCCGUUCACGACCUCAUAACAGGGGCGAACAGUGUGAGGUAUGCGCCAAGACCUGUAUACCGCAGAAUCGGAAUGCUUUUGUUUGGAGGAAUCCGAUGAGCUAUAAAGCUCUUUUUUCACAUGUCCACGGUCCCACGACAUUAAAGCAAUUGGGGGGGGGGGGGGGGGCAUCUGAAACGUGACAAUUUCAGGGAAGUAUCGUUCGCUUAGCCUUAGGAGAAUGGGAAAAAAAUAUAUACGUAAAAUGUAAACAAUACCGUUCACAAUAGCAAUGGAAACGAGACCUAUGUGUUGGCAUUUCUCAUAAAUCCAAAAGAUCAACGUCCUUGCCUGUAAAAAAAUAAUAAUAAAGACCACUGAGGUUUUGGGUGUUGAACACAAAAAAAAACUCAACACUUUAAAACGUUUCAGAGAAAUCACGAAUUGGGGCCCCUCUUAUCUGUUGCCAUUCCAAUGUGGGAUCCACGUGUGGGAUCCAUCCCCACACCGUAGGGCUGUUUAUUAGCUAAGGGGCUCGGCCAAUCAGAGAGCCGCGGCGUCGUGACGCACGGUUACUUCCCUGCCACCGGAAACCGAACCCCCACUACCCGCCGCUUCCCCCUCCCUCCCCCCAACGGAGUGUUCCGACGCGGUGACGUCACGACCCGCUCAUGAAUAUUAAUCGUUCCGUUUGCCGGCCGCCGUGCGUCAUUAAUAUUUAAUGCAUAGAGGAUGGACGGCGGGGGGUGGGGUGCGCCCUGGUUUCCUGUGAAUCAUCUCAUGAAUAUUAAUGAGCGAUGGGGGGGGGCGGGCGGGGUUUUCUGUAAAUCGCAUGAAUAUUAAUUAGAUUGGUGGAUGUUUUUAGUGGAAGCUCAUGAAUAUUAAGCGAUUUCACCGUCUCCCCACCCCGGGGAAGCUCAUGAAUAUUAAUCGAUUUUACAGCCACCGCCCCCUCCGGGAAGCUCAUGAAUAUUAAUCGAUUUUACAGCCACCGCCCCGCCCCCUCGGGGAAGCUCAUGAAUAUUAAUGAGAUUUUACAGCCACCGCCCCCCUCGGGGAAGCUCAUGAAUAUUAAUCGAUUUAACAGUCCCCUCCCCCCUCGUCAUAAAAACGCGGUCGAUCACCCCGCGUGGUCGCUUUAGACCGGUCCGGCACCUGCUACGCGGGUGUUCACUUCUAUGGAGGCCUCCGUAUUCUACCCCGACCCCUGGGGACCGCUCGCGACGGUUACCGCACAACCGGGGCGGUCCCCUUGCAGUCCCUCACAGCGGGACGGGGACCAUCACCGGGACCAUCACCGGGACCCUCACCGGGACCAUCACGGGGACCCUCACGGGGACCAUCACGGGGACCAUCACCGGGACCCUCACGAGGACCAUCACCGAGACCCUUACCGGGACCCUCACCAGGACCCUCACCGGGACCCUCACCGGGACCCUCACGAGGACCAUCACGGGGACCAUCACCGGGACCAUCACCGAGACCCUCACCGGGACCCUCACCGGGACCCUUACCGGGACCCUCACGGAUUCCUCCAUCUCCCUCUGACGUCACGCCUCACCGCAGCUCAGCUCUCCCAGCACCACCACCACCUCGGACUACCACCACACCGCCAACCACUGCACCAACACUACCAACAACAACAGCAGCAGCAGCAACUAUACCACCAGCAACAGCAGCAGUACCAACAAGAGCACCUGGUCACACAGCAGCAGCAGCAGCAGCCGGCCAUUAUGGACCACCACCACCUCCUGCUGCAGCAGAGCCUCCACCGCUACCACGUGGUGCACAAUCCCGGUCACGCGACUCCGUUCCGGCAGCACCGGCGCUCGGAGACAUGGGAUGACGCGAGGGCGGAAGGGGUCAACGCCGGCGGUGUCGGCGGUACCGGCGGUGGUGGCGGCGGUACCGGCGGUGGCGGCGAUACCGGCAGCGGCACCGGCGGAGGGGAAUCCUACGGCCGCGACGACGACGGCGACGAUGCCGCGAUGGCGGCUGCGGCGGUGACGAGUUGGAGGAGGAGGGCGGCGGCGCCGCCGUCGGCACCGGCGGACGCGCUGGCGGAGGAGGAGGAGGCGGCGUCGCGGUGCCGCCGGCGCAAGCUGGAGCGCAUCGGGCGCCUGCAGGAGCGAGCGGCGUCGCUGCGGGCCGCCAACUCGGGGCUGGCGAGCCAGGCCCAGGAGCUGCGCGCCCACGUGGGCGGCCUGCGCCAGCGCCUGCUGGGCCACCUCCGCGGGGGGAGAUAUCCAAUCCGGGUCGCGGUGGAGUUUAGAGAGUGGCGCCACGGUGAGGAGGAGGUGGAAGAGGAGCAAAAACGAGAGUCUCUGACCCGUCGCGUUCGCUUCCUGAGAGUCGCUUCCUCGGGAGACAUGAGACCCCCUCCGUUGGCGGAGGAGCAGCGCAGGAGCUGGCAGGGCCUUCGUCUCACCGGCCUCGCCGACCCAGCCCGGCCAGACCUACCCGCUGCCCGUGGUUGCUCCAUUGUGCCUCGCGUCUCCCCACUCUUCACCUGUGCUCUCGUGUUUCGUAGUGUUCCCUCCCCCGUGCCGUCACCGUGCGUCGGCGUGCGUCUCCGUUUGCGCCCCUAA